AAUACACCAGUAACUGGCUAGUCCGCCUGAAGAAGAACUCCUCCUCCGCCUCCUCUACUACAGGGAGAAUUGUAGUAGACCCACAGUCUAUGAGUAGAACACUGGUGGAGUAAUAUAAAGAAACAUUUUAUUCUCUCCGUGUGAUUAAAAGCCUAGGUUUAUUUGGGUGAAGUUGCAGUGCAGAGAAAAUGUCGUCUUGGGCGAAAUCAUCUGCAGCUGCCCGGCGGCCACCAGCUAACCCAAAUGGAAGCAGUGCUCAACAACUUCGUCUGUUUCGGAGAGCGGCGCCUUACCCCAGCAGAGAGGAGAGGACCGAAGACCUCAAGGAUGCCCUCGAUAGUUAUGAAGAACUGGAGCAAAUACAAAACUACAGUGGAAGUGUGAAGUACGAGGGAUACAAGCAUCAGCCAAAUGCCAAGCCGGAGGGCUGCACUCCAGCAGACAGACGGAAAGCCCUGUAUCAGAAGUUCUACAGACAGGUGCAGGAGGAGAGGAAGCCAGCCGACUGCGUGGUCCUUUCUGUGACCAACCAGUGCCUGGAUUACCCCAAAUCGCUAAGCCAGUGCUUGCAGGAGCGUGGCCUAUCAGUGGAAAUGCUCUACCUUCAGGCGGAAUCGGGCCUGACCCGGGCGCUGCAGGAUGUCCGAGCAGAAGGCUCCUCGUUAUGUAUUCUGGUGGAGCAGACAAACGUAGCUCUGUCCUCCUGCACUGUUAUCAUAUUCUCAGAGUCCCUCAAAAUCCAUCGCAACAUGCCCAAAGACCAGGCCAUGGACUUUGUUGCAGCUGAGUACAGUCGCGGACUGGUCAAAGAGCACCCGCAGAGGGACCCCUCAGACAUUGCAGCACAGGCGUCACAGCUGCUGGAUGACUUUCUGGAUAGAGAAAAGAUUGAGCGCCACACCGUUCCCUCCGAAACCCGUCCGCUCCUCAUGCUGUUAGCUGAGGGGGUGCAUCUCUACCCCGAGGAGCUGGAAACCAUCUCAGAGUAUGUCCGGUCCCGGCAGGAGCACAUACAAGCCUCCAACACUGAGGGGGAGAGGGGUAACAUGUUACCUCCAGGACUGGGGAAACCGCCUCCUCUGCUCCCUACUCCACCUGGGCCCCCUCAACCCCAGUCUGGAACAGGGGGGCCCAUGAUGGACCACGCCCCACCUCCACCCGCUCCUCUCUUGCCUUCACCAGGCUCUUAUCCCAAAACCAAACCUCCUCCACUACUGUCCUUGCAUCGAACUUCUGGUCCGUCAUUAGGGGCCCCAGCUUCACGGGGCCCCCUGUCCUCACACACCCUGUUCGGCGCCCCAGCUGUACCCCGUGGGCCCCUACUCCACCACGCUCCCCCAUACCACUCAGGCCCCAGGGGUCCUCAUGGGAGUAGAGCGGCCCCGCCCUCUCUAAAGAGUUCCCGCCCUCCACUUCUCUCUUCUCCAGGUGCCCCUCUUCCGCGACUGAGCGGCCCCCGACAUUAAGAAAUGACAGAGACAUCCACACACACACACACACUGUAACACAUGCAGGCUACAAGUGCCAGCAGUGUUUUGAAGAUUUCACCUAACUCUAGAACAGAAGACUCCUGGACCCUGCAUAGGAUACCUGUUACUACCUUUUUUUUUCUUUCUUUCUUUUUUUAAAUGUAGUAAAACACACUCAGAUGAAAAAGAUGGUAGUUAGUGUUAUUCUAUCAAAUUAUUGUGGAUGGAUUGAUGGAGGAUGGCAUGGAGUAUUUUAAUGACUGAUCAUUUUAAGUAUGUUUUCCAAGAUCAGUCUUUCAUUAUUGUUCAUUUUUUCUCAGAGUCAUCUCAUAAAAAAGCAUGUUCUGUACUUCCAGUUUGCCUUUUUAGAUUUCAUAAUGUUGGUGUAGGUUACAGUAACAAGCUGCAUAGGAUACCAAUGGACAGCUGGUUCAUAUUUAAAGGAGCAAAAAGGCGAGCUAUUGGUGGCCACAUGAUGGUAAUAGGACUUUGUAUUUUUCUGUAUAUAAUAUAGCAAGUAGCAUACUUGCUGUAUACGAUGUUUCAAGAUGGUGCUUAAGAUUUCAUAAGGAGUUUUAAAAGAUUUACUUGAGGAGAGAAUUUCAACAACCAAUUAAAACGUUUGUUUUUGAAAGCUGUGAUCUUGGCUUAAAUUUAAUUUAUAUCUUUUAUUUUUGACAUAUGUAGAUGUAAUCAGUCUGAAGGAGUUUGUAUAAUGGUUCUCAUUCUAAAGUUACAUGUAUAAACUAUUGGCACCUUUUCACAACAAAUCCUCUGAUUUAUUACAUUCAGUUUUACUUCACUUGUGUGUUAUCUUUAUAAAUGGUGCGUUUCCUUAGAAUGCCAUUCAUGCUUUGUUCAAGAGAUGGUAGAAACACUUGGACCUAAGAACAAAAAACUACCAUAUACCUUGGCAGUAACAGCAACAACAUCUGGACUUUUUGCAAGAUUUUGUGUUACAUUAAAGCACAAGAGGCAGCUUGUAAUGCUUGCCAGGAUAACCUAAAAGAAUAUGAAUGUCAUAUGUUAUUUGUCACUAAUUUAUGCAAAAUCCAAGUGAACAAAUAUUGGAUUUUCUUCACAGAAAGGUAUCUAAUUUUGACAACCAUCUUAAUACAAAACAUAUAGGAAAGUUCCACUGUAACACAUCUGGCCAAGCAUGGUGUGUUGUCAUUAAUGAGAUAAUCACAAUCCCUCUCGCUUAUUGUAAUUCAGGGAAAAACUAACAAAUUUUUGUACUGUUAUUUUUCGGUCUGCGUGCUGUUGGUUGUUUUUAGAACUUUUGACUCAUUGCUAGGAACUGUAGAGUAUUCUUGUUUCGUUGUUCAUUUUCAUUUGCAGUACUCUUGUGUGGUAUUUGUGGAGUUCAGAUUAGGCAGAAAUCCAGUCAUGAAAUCAUCUCUCCCUGUCACUGCAAAUCAAGAACAGCUCACAGCUUAUACUCUGUGUGCUUCUGUUUGUUACUGUGGUUGUGAGGAAUCCUCGUAAAAUUCUUGAAUGUGUUGAAAAGUUAUUUCAGAUUGUUUCCUUCCGCACUGUGUUGGAGCGUGAUAGAUCACAGAUUAAACAACAGAAAGAAGUCAUUUGUUAGAAGAAACCUUUUAAACUGCUCAACAUUUUCUUCUGUGUUGGAGAUAAUGUUCAAAUCCUGUAUUCUUUUUUUUUUUUUUCCUUUUUAAAAAAUAUAAAUUGUAAAUGUUAAGCAACUUUGCGCUGUGGAUUAGUUUUCUUUGAUAUGCAGCAGUGUUAAUGUUCAGCACGUAUGGAGGGGGGAAUCUUGGUUAUAUUUGCAAAGAAAUCGUCUACAAAUGUUUGAAUAUUUUGUUUUGGUUUGACAAGCGUGUCAUUGGUUUUUCUUUUGUUCCAGAGAGAAUUAACCAUAAGAAAUUAAUUAAAUCAAUAUAAGUAUACAUUCCUUGUCAAUACAAUACAGAUGUACUGUUUUACAAUGGUGAA